GCGCAUGCGCACUCAACCGGCAAGCAGCAUUUCCUGUAAAAUGUAAACAGUAGUGAAGUUGCUUAUUUUAUGCCCGAAAGUACACUUAUUUGAUAUUUUCAUAUAGUUUUCCCUUUCAAUAUAUGUUACAUUAUCAGCGAUAAAUAUGGCCAAACAGUUGUCAUUAGAUGUGCAAGUGCCUUUUCAAAGUCAGCGCGAGGCAGAGAUCGCUUUUGGAACACUGAGUGUUGAUGCUGAGCCAAAACGUGGGGGCACAAGGAAAAAGAUGGAUGUGGAGCAGUGCACUUUGAAAGUGCAUUUUGAAGCGGAAGAAGCAAGAUCACUACGAGUAGCAGUGAAUUCAUUUUUUGACCAUUUAACCUUGGUCAUAAAAACAAUAGAGACAUUUGGACCACCAAAGCCAGUUAUUGCAGAGACUUGAUCAACCUGGGAAAGGCUACGUGUCUUGUUCUGAGAAAACUGGGCAUAAUGCAUGUGCGUUAAGUGUCGUCCUAUAUUAGCCUGUGCAGUAUGCACAGGCUAAUCAGGGACGAGACUUUCUGCUUAAACUAGAUUUUCGGUAAAAAAGGACUUCCUUUCAACGAAAAAUACCGUUUAAGCGGAAAGUGUCGUCCCUGAUUAGCCUGUGCAGACUUCACAGGCUAAUCUGGGACGACACUUAACGCACAUGCAUUAAGCCAAGCUUUCUCAGAACGCGACUCAUAUGUCUUCAUAAUCAUCACCGCCAUCAUCAUCAGGAUUGCCAGUUAGAAACCUCGUCCAUGUGAAUGUUUUGGCCUGACUUUUCCUCCUGUUAUAAGCUUCAGUCCCAUACUUCAUUUUAGACUCAUUAUUUUAAGAUUGCAAUUUAAUUCCUGCUUUUGGAUGCAUAGGAAAAGUUUUAAGAGUUUAACAACAUGGGCCACAUGGUUCACUUUCAGUGUCAUGAAAUAUUAUGAAUUGUUUUGAGAAACAAUUUUUCUGUCAGUGUAUACAUGGAGAUGCUUUUUUAUCUGAAAUAAAUACCUAUUUGAUCCCA